UCGACUUACGCUUCUUUAGUUUGUACUUGACGAAGUCACGAACAAAGUUAAAAGUUGAAAAUUAUUAUUUUGUUUUAUCAAAACCCCAAAAUCGAGGAUAUAUUUUGUUUGCUUGUAUUUUUUUGUGAAAUUUUCUACAUCUAAUACAACUUCGCAAGAAGUCCAAACAUUCCCCCCUCGGCCCUGCGGCAAGAAAUGUUAAGGAUCCGGAAAAUCAUGGGUCCACAUCAUCAGCAACUGCAACGCAAUAAAGAAUGGACGUGUUUUUUCAACCUUCAUGUUCUACACGCAACUAUUCUGAUUGGCCUUUGGCAUUUGUUUCUUAAUAUUUUGGCUUUGAGUCUAUUGGCCGUCAUCAUGCGCAAUCCUCACAUGAUGGAGGAACUCGAGAACAGUUACGAUAAAAAUGGAAACACAUACCCGGCAUUGCCAACACCUUUGAGCAACGUUGAUCCUGAUACGCCUACUGCCUUUCGAGGUCAUUCCCUUAACUAUCGUAAACAAUACCAGAGCUAUGAUAUGGGAGGUUUGGUAUGCACUUGCAUGAUAGCCAUUACUAUGAUGAUGAUCUAUGGUGCCAUAAAAGGGAAACCGUCCCAUUUGCUACCAUUUUUCUGCCUUCAAUUGUUCGACUUUGCUAUUACGACCCUGACUGCGGCCGGCUACUUGUGUUAUCUGCAAGCUAUUCAUCGCCUAAUUGAGGAGUCCCAUCGUUUGCCGUGGCGUGAGAAGCUCUUGGAAUUGUCACCCGAAGAAUUGGUCAUUGUUGUUCUGGUCGUAUUUGUUUGUAUUGUAUUCCUAAAAGCGUACGCCAUCGGCAUUGUAUGGCGUUGUUAUAAAUAUUUGACCCUGCGACAACAAAGUAUGCGUACGCUGCUGCCUCUGGAUAUUGCCGACAUCACUGGCAACAGCUUGGGUACUGCACGCGCUUACUCUACUCUUUUGCCUAACUAUGAUGAGGCUGUUGCCGCGUACAUGAAACAGGCUCCACCACCUUCGUACCAGGUCGCCAUGUCCAACUAUGCCCCCGAAGAAGCGAUCAAUGCGGCCAAUAACUUGAAUCACGAUGCUGAAGGAGAAGAGGAUAAUAACAAUGACACUUCGAACAACAACAACACCGUUCACGUCAACAACAAUACUCCGCCAAUGAGACGAAGUGAUACUAUGGCCACGGCACACGAGAGUAGCGACAGUUUAAUGAAUGAUGUGCAAGGUGAGGCUAAUGCAGAAAUAACUCCACCACCUUCAUACAAUGACAUCAUAAUUGAGCCUUUAGCAUCGGGCGCCCAAAAUGCUGCCGCUGCUGCACCCAGCGGCGCCCCAUCCUCCAACAUUGCUCAAGGCAACAGCAAUGAAAGUCGCGCUUAAACAAUUUCGUACGAUUCAAUGGGCAAAACUGUUUUUGAAGCAAUUUUUCUUUAAGGGUUGUGGUUUAAUUAGCACCAAAUCAGCGUCGACGAUGAGAGAUUUUGUUUUGAAAACAUAACUUGAAUAGUUUUUAAAAGCAGAAAAAUAACAACUAAAGAACACAAAAAAAAAAAAAAAAUAGACAAAGUACACUUCAAAACAUGAAUAUUACAAAGUUUUUAUAUGAAACUAUGGAAUCGAGUGGCACUUGUCACCACUGCAGAACAUUAAGUUACAGCCCUAUGCGUCCUUUGCAAUUUUUAUUUGUUAUUCAAGUUCGGUUAGAAAUGAAAUAUUCUUUAUCUAAUGCUCUUAGACUCCACCCAUUCACUCACAAACACACAAAACAAUUAUAUAGAACAUACAAAAAUAUACACACAUACAUAUUUAAUAUAAUAUACAUUAUGGGAGUUAUAUUACCUUACCCCCCGCCCUUUCAUAUAUAAGCUAUACAAAAUUCCCGUUAUUGAAAUCAGAAAAAUAUUGAAGCAAACACACAUGUAGUUGUUGACGCCGCACUAGGCUGAAAAUAUGAAUCUGAGCUUUUUUUCAUAGCGUUUUGUGUUGCGUCCAAGUGUUUUAUUCCCUCACAAAAAAAAAAUUAUCGGAAUUCAAAAAAUGACCACAGACUUUUCAGAGUUUAGUCCAUUUUUCUUUGUUUAAUAAUGUGCAGUCGAUCGUACGUACGCACGUCGUACAUAUGUAUGUACAUAAGAUUACACCCACAAAUUGUGAAAUAUUUCUGGAAUCAUUUGUAUCCCUUUUGUUUUCUUUUCUCUACAUACAUAUAUAUAAUAUACCUAUUACAUAUUAACAUUAUCUACAAAGACUUUUUAUGAAUGAAAUAUUAUUAUGAUGAAUAUUAUUAGAAUAAUGAACUACACAUACAGCAACUUACAUGAUGCAGCAAGGAGCAUUCAGUAAACUUAUUCGAAUAUUAUAGUUUUUAAACAAUAAAAGCAAAACACCACAGCAUUGGAUGGCAGAAAGCAUUACGAGCUUUCUAAAAUGUUCGUUGGUACUCCUCUGCGUCUCUACUUUGUGGUUCUAAGAUAAA